AGAGGUAUAGUACCGUCUUGUGAAGCAUGCAGGUAUGGCAGUGACAAAGGUAAUGAAAACUCUCUCUGACUGAGUUCAUCAGUCACAGGAAAAAGCUGAUUUCUUAAAGCCUGUUUUGUGCAUAAACAUUAACCAAAAGCAUUUUGCUUGAAGAUUCCUGAUUUUUGUAGGGUCACCCACAUGAUGAUGCAAAAUCCAUCUAUCAAGCAAUCACUGUAGGUUGUUUACAUCACAGUUUCGUUUGCUAAAAUAAUUUGCUAAAACUACUGUUGCUCCUCAGAAAUAGUUGCUGCUGUUACUAGUUGUUUAAUAGGUUGCUAAUUUGUGAGGGAAGUGCAGCACAAAUGAUGCUAACUGUGUAGCUGCUGCAGACCCAGGCUCCUGUGAUGCCAGGCCCUGAGGUUGUGUGCUGACAGCUGUGACUGCAAGACUGGGACAGAAACAGGCGUCCACAGUGCUGCAUUGCCUGGUCAGCUAAAGCGGGUUGAUGUAGGCAUGGGGGUCAACCCAACUAGUGUUGAUCUUGUGAAUAUUGGCAAGGAUGAAGUGGUGAAAAUGAAGCCAGGCCAAGUUCUGCAUAUUGUAAAUAACCUUUACCCCUACAUGGUGCAAUUUGCCGAAGAGUCUGGGAAAACUGUUCCAAAAGCAGACAAGAUGCCACAUAAAGAUUCCUGUGAGAAUGAUGAUACAGAGCUUGUGCCCAGAAAAACAAUGAAGUUGGAGGUGGUGGAUACCCAAGGCAGUUCUACAAAUCCAAAGCUAAGCAAUACCAGUGUAUCUACACAUGAAGGAACUUCAAGCCAAAAGGAACAUUUAGGACACUGGAGUCAGGGUUUAAAGAGCUCCAUGCAAGAUCCAAAAAUGCAGGUUUACAAAGAUGAAAAGACUGUAGUCAUCAAGGAUAAAUAUCCCAAAGCACGUUACCACUGGCUUAUCUUACCAUGGGACCCUAUUUCAAGCCUGAAGUCAGUCACCAGCGACCACCUUGAGCUCCUGGAACAUAUGCAUGCCAUUGGGCAAAAAAUGAUCGAACAGUGCCCUGCCAGAGAGAGCCUGGAGUUCAGAAUGGGUUACCACGCUAUCUCCAGUAUGAGUCAGCUACAUUUGCAUGUAAUCAGCCAGGAUUUUGAUUCUCCAGCCCUGAAAACCAAAAAACACUGGAAUUCUUUUACUACAGACUACUUCUUAAACUCUCAAGAUGUCAUAGAGAUGGUGAGAAGCAAGGGAAAAGUGAUGGUGAAAGACCAUACCUCUGAACUUCUCAAACUUCCGCCCAGAUGCCAUCGCUGUAAACAACAGCUGUCCACAAUCCCACAGUUAAAGGAACAUCUUCGGAAACAUUGGCCAAAAUGAUUUUGCAAAAAAUCGUCUUUCAAUCUGUCUUCAGAUUUCAAGCCAACACAAAGACCACAAAAUGUUAAUGGAAAUGUAUGUUUAUUAACUAGAAUGACAAAUGUAAUGUGGGGAUAAAAGUGGCCUGGAAACAGCAGCAUCCUAAUUUAGUAAUAUCUUCAACAAAAACCUAAGCCCUCUUCUUUCUUCCUACUAAAAAUGUAAAUAAAGUGACUUCUGAAAUUGAAA